AUGCCCCCAAAAGGGAAACGAGUCUACAUCUCAUGGGACAAACAGGAAGAGAGGGAACUUCGGGCAUGGCUCGCCCGCCAUAAGCAUCUUCCAUGGAGAAAGAAGUGCAAAGAGUAUCUGCGGCAGAAGAAGAAGCCGCGGAGCGUCAGCUCGAUACGUUCCAAAUAUGAUCAACUGGAAAGAGAGGGCCGCCUCCCACCUCAGCCAAGAAAAGCUGCGACGGACACCAGAACACGUCGCCCGCCCAGUCUUCUCAGCCAGCUUCCUCCCUCUCCACCUCCGCUAGUGCUUCCACCCCUCGAUCCCUCCGUUCGUGAAGCGAUCCAGCGGUGGCGUCGGCAGAUGGUCUCAUCAGAAGACAUACCGGCAGAGCAUCGCUGUUUCAGCGAUGAUGGGUCGGGUUCCCCUGCUACUGCAAUGUCUUCUGGACAUUCGAGCUACACAUAUGAUGACAUAGAAGUAUAUGAUGACGAGUCCUGGGACCGCUUGGAGUGGGAUGCCUUUGACAGGCAAUGGGGCUUGCAUAUAUCUGAGCAGCCUGAGGCGUGA